AUGAGUGACAGCCGGGCGCCGGGCACCGACGACGUGCCCCCUGAGUUGCUCAAACAGAAGCUCUCAGAAUCUGAUGCAUCUGGCUCACCAGCAAUGUCAGAUGAGCCCGCUAGAGAACUGGCCAAGCGCUCGCUGGAGGUCUUGCAACGCAUGGAUGCUGAAGCGGCCAUUCCAGAAAUUUGGAACACGGCCGAGGUCGUGCCCAUCCCCAACGGAUAUCCGCUAACGGAUAUGAAUAACUAUCGACUUGUUUACUUGAUCCCGUCGAUGAUAAAGCGAAUGUGCAGCAUUGUUGCGAAUCGCAUUCAUCGAGCUCUCGCUGAAAGCACAUUCUUCGUUCCGGAGCAGGCCGAUUUUCGGAGCCGUCAGGAGUGCAUGAGCCACGUACUGAUGGUAGUCGACGCAAUGCAACGCCGCUUCAUUCGGGAACAACAACCAACUUACGCAUGCUUUAUCGAUUUCGGAGCGACUUUCGUCACGAUUCCGCACGAGGCGUUAUUUCUGAAAAUGUAUCUAGCUGGUAUCCGCGAUCGGAACCUCGCUUUCUUCCGCGCACUCUACCUAGACUCAUGGUUUUGUGUGCGCCUGGGCGACGGCGCGAGAACCCCAAAGAUACGGAUGAAACGCGGUAUGCGCGAGGGUGAUCCUUCAUCACCGCUUCUAUUCAAAAUUUUUAUCAACGAUAUCUUAGAUCGGUGCCGAGAGUACGGUGUAGAGUUUGAUUGCGCAAGCGCUGACAAGCCAGAGAAGGAGGGUCCUCACGGGCGCCGCCUUGCGGGGCUCAUAUUUGUCGACAAAGUUCUGCUGCUGGCGCCGAACCCGGAGGCGCUCGCUGCAAGUAUGCGCGAGGUCAGUUCCUGGGCCGACCGCUCGGAGUUGACCAUCGGUGCAUCCAACUGCGGGGUCAUGGUCAUACACGGAGACUCGAAGAGCACCCGCGACCGCCCAUGGCGUCUGCAGGAUAAGGACGUUCCGAUCGUGGACAAGUACCGUUUGCUGCGGAUGCACAUCACGCCUACGCUCGACGUGCGAGCGCAACUUCGAGGGAUAAUCGCUGAGAUGAAAAGCGCAGAGCACUAG